AACGACGGGCGUGAAAUCCCAAAAUUUGCUAUUAUCGGGUGCGUGUCGUUAUUUGCUUUCAAUUUUCAAUCGCCGUGGGGGCAUUCAAACAAAUUUCAUUCUGAAAUUGACCCCUCACCCUCUUUUCUUUUCAAAUCAUAAUCAUUGUAUUGUAUAGAUUAGAUAGAAGAGGGGGUAGCAUUGCAUUGGCAUUGGCAUUGGCAUUGGCAUUGGAGGGCUGGGUUUGGACGUAGAAUGAGAACGGAUAGGUGGGCUAAGAGUAUGGGAAGGAUUUCAAGGAUUGGGAGUUUUGCAAUUGCUUCAUCCAUUAAGGAAAACCAACAACAACCUUGUAUUACCUGCACCACUUUUAACAUUCUCGCUCCCAUAUACAAGCGCAUCAACCAUGAGCAGGACCCGAGUUGUCGCGAGAGCGAUUAUAGAACGUAUUGGUUGGCCAGGAAUCACAGAAUAUUGGAUUGGUUGUUGAAUGAGAGGUCUUCCAUUAUUUGUCUCCAGGAGUUUUGGGUUGGGAACGAAGAGCUUGUUAAUUUGUAUGAGAAUAGACUUGGCGACGCUGGUUAUGUCAGUUUCAAGCUUGGAAGGACCAACAACCGUGGAGACGGUCUUCUGAUAGCAGUUCAAAAGGAAUACUUCAAUAUUCUUAAUUAUAAGGAAUUGCACUUCAAUGACUGCGGGGAUCGUGUAGCUCAGUUGUUACAUGUUGAACUAGCUUCUCCGUUUUCACAGUGGCGAAACAGUAAUGUUAGGCAGGAAAUUCUAAUUGUGAACACUCAUCUGUUAUUUCCUCACGAUUCAACUCUAUCCCUUGUACGACUGCAGCAGGUCUACAAGAUACUUCAAUACGUAGAAUCAUAUCAGAACGAUUUCCAACUCAAGUCAAUGCCAAUCAUGCUAUGCGGUGACUGGAAUGGAAGCAAACGGGGACAUGUCUACAAGUUCCUGAGGUCUCAGGGCUUUGUAUCAUCUUAUGAUACUGCACAUCAUUACACUGAUGCAGAUGCUGACAAGUGGGUUAGCCACCGCAAUCAUCGGGGAAAUAUCUGUGCUGUUGAUUUUAUUUGGCUACUAAAUCCUGACAAAUAUCGAAAACUACUAAAAGCAAGUUGGAGUGAAGCAGUGUUUGGAAUGUUCAAGUACCUAUUGCGGAGAGCUUCACUGAAUGAGAGUGAUGCAUUCGCCUUUCUAAAGGCCGACAAUGAAGAUUGUAUUACCUACUCUGGUUUCUGUGAAGCACUUAGGCAGCUCAAUUUAACUGGUCAUUGCUAUGGGUUGACUGAGGAAGAGAUAAAGGACUUGUGGCCCCAAGCAGAUGUAGAUGGAAACGGUGUUCUUGAUUAUAAAGAAUUUCUGCAGCAUAUCUGGAAUUCAACAAGUCCAGAUCAGAUAGAUGACAACAAGAAUGGAGAACUGGAAGACGGUUCAAAGGAUGCACUGGAGCAAACAAUUGGUUUUAGUGUAAAAAAUGCAGUUCUGUUCCCUCCAGAGGUCGAGAAAGGUAGAUGGCCUGAAGAUUACUCCCUUUCUGAUCAUGCUCGUCUCACUGUAGUUUUCUCACCAAUAAGAAUGCCAUGCUCCCAGUUGAUUUGCUAACAAUGCUUUUGGCUGCUACAGCUUAGGUUUUAGAAUUAAGACUUUUGUACAUAUAUGUCACAGUAAGGAACGGGUGAAGCAGUGGAACGAGUAAGGAAAGAUACAAGAGUUCUUUUCUGGGGAGAUUUUAAACAGCCCUGUGUUGUGAUUACUGCACUAUCAUUCGCCAGAAGUGAUUUCACACUUUGACAGAGAGCACAAGUGCUCUAGUAUCCCUGGCAUUGCUGAUGACAUCUGCAGUAAGCAACACUCGUCACCCAGCUUGUUUUCCCAUUUAUUCUUCUCUGGUGAAAGAUUCGACAAACGGAAGCAAAAAGAAGAACUAUCUGUAUAGUUGUUGUAUAGCUCUUAGGCAUCAAACCUUUUUUUGUAGCUUUGGUAAGAUGCACCUCUAGGUAGAGCUUUCUUGAAAUAGAGGGAGUUCA